ACUGGGGGAUGGAUCUGACUCCAAUAGGAAAAGCGUGUAUCUAGAAGUGGUGCUAAUGGGAAGAGAUUUCCGAGCUCCAGAGGACGAUGAUUUGUCACAAAGGGUAGCUGGCUCGGUGCUUUGGGCUGGAGCCGUGUAGGAGAUCCUUGGAGAAGUCAUUGUGCACAGAAAACCGAAGACCUGUACAAACAUGCCUGUUCGCAGAGGUCAUGUGGCACCACAAAAUACAUUUUUGGGUACAAUCAUACGAAAAUUUGAAGGGCAAAAUAAAAAAUUCAUCAUUGCUAAUGCUAGAGUGCAGAAUUGUGCUAUCAUCUACUGCAAUGAUGGGUUCUGUGAGAUGACCGGGUUCUCCAGGCCAGAUGUCAUGCAGAAACCUUGCACCUGCGAUUUUCUUCAUGGGCCAGAGACCAAAAGACAUCAUAUUGCUCAAAUUGCUCAAGCACUGCUGGGGUCAGAGGAGAGGAAAGUAGAAGUCACCUAUUAUCACAAAGAUGGACAUAGGAAUGGUGUAUCAGUUUUGGGGGGCUUAACUCUGCCUGCCUCACACGAUUGGAACCGUACCUUGAUUGAAGUGCAGUAUGUUACUGGAAAAAGUGCAACAAGGUUAAAAGUAGCAAAAAUUGGCCUAUCAUGA